UUUUGAGCCUUAAAAGUGAUUAUAUUUUCCGCAUAAGUUGUGUAUCAUAGCCAUAGGUGGGGCAUUUGAGUGGAUGCAUGAAAAAUUCAUAUGAUUCGCGGCUGGAGCAAUUUGUGCCAGAGGUAUGAAAACCGGAGUGCUGUGAACGAACCGAAGAAAAACAAGCCGAGGAUCAAUAUUUGGCUUUAAUUUCACCGAAAGCCGCCAUCAAUUACACUCACCAGCACGUCUGAGCAUCAUCGCACACACAUCCAAUACCUACUGACUGCUGAAUCGUUUAGCACCGAACGAACUCUCGAACUGUGCGGGAAUAAAUACUGCUGAAACAUCACACAUCAGAACUCUGAAAGAAUCACACCUCCGCCAGCCGUUAAUUACACGCACGCCCGGUUCAUCACACUACACAACUUGCAACACCCGUACUUACCGUGCACCGUGAACUUACUGUUAUUCAUAAAUAUUCUCAAGAAAGUGCAACGAUACAUCCUACAUCUAGUCAUACCCCAAGUGAGCAUUGUUGAGCUAACAGGUGAUUGUCAGCGUCGUCGCAGAUUGAACGUUACACAGCGAGUUCAAAUGUUAUCGAUGCUUCAUUUGUAAACAUAUUGGCAAUAUUGGCGAUAGUUCCGAAGGCGAGUACAUCUCGAACCGUCCGGGGAGAGCAUCCACGCGAGUGCGAUCCCAGCCAAGAGAGAAAAUGAGUGAUACCACCAGUGGCAUAAGUGACGCUGGAGAGUUUCCCAGCAGCAGCAGCUCCUCCAUCCCGGCGACCAGUAGCGAGGACGAUAGACUGUUGGGUGAAACUGGGGCAGCGAACGUCGCCGUCGACGAAAUGACUGGCGCCAGCAAGGAGCAAAAUCCGGAAAAAGUGGAAAAUGCACAACUCCAGAGCACCGGCGACAACGUGGGCUCCCUGCUGUACUCCUUCGCCAAGAAGGUGGUGACAGUGGGUAUCAUUUACUUCGUCGGCUAUAUGGGCUGGUCGGUGGCAUGGUUGAUUACGCCGGUCAUACUGUCUGUGGCACGCGAGCAGUGGCGCAGCAAGAACGAGACUCGUCGCAAUGUGGCCAAAGCAUCGGCGAUGGCCAGUGAUAAAGAGGUCAUCCUGGCGCGGCUGGGUGACUUACCUGCCUGGGUAUUCUUUCCCGAUGUUGAGCGUUGUGAGUGGCUUAACAAGAUUCUCAAACAAGUAUGGCCCAAUGCAAACUUCUUCGCAAAGAACCUCAUCAAGGAGUCCAUCGAGCCAAACAUUCAACAAGCGCUGGCCGGAUACAAGUUGAACGGUUUCAAAUUCGACCGUAUGAUCCUGGGAACAAUCCCUCCACGAAUUGGCGGGGUGAAAGUGUACGAGAAGAACGUUUCUCGUAAUGAAAUCAUUAUGGAUUUGGAUCUGUUCUACGCCGGUGACUGUGAUAUCAAUUUCUCGCUGAGUGGAUUACGGGGUGGAAUUAAGGAUUUCCAGAUUCAUGGCACGGUGCGGGUCAUAAUGAAGCCACUUAUUUCCCAGAUGCCUCUGGUCGGUGGCCUGCAGAUAUUCUUCCUCAACAAUCCGAAUAUCGAUUUCAACCUGGUUGGAGUGGUUGAUCUGCUUGACAUGCCCGGGCUCAGUGAUAUUUUGAGGAAAAUUAUUGUGGAGCAAGUUGCUGCCAUCAUGGUGCUACCAAACAAGUUGCCAAUCAUUCUGAAUGAUGGUGUUCCGGCGCUUUCACUGAAAAUGCCUGAGCCGGAGGGUGUUCUCCGAAUCCACGUUGUCGAGGCGAAGGACCUGAUGAAAAAGGACAUCAGCGUGUUGGGCAAAGGCAAGUCCGAUCCGUAUGCUAUUGUUUCCGUUGGUGCCCAACAGUUCCGCACGCAAACCAUCGACAACACCGUCAAUCCCAAGUGGGACUACUGGUGCGAGGCUGAGGUAAACGCAACUUUAGGACAGGAAAUCGAACUCAACCUUUGGGAUUGGGAUCCUGGCUUCCCAGGGGUCCAGAAUGACGACUAUCUUGGCAGAGCCACAGUCGAAAUCAGCAGUGUUACCAAAAAUGGAGAAAUUGACACCUGGCUGACCCUUGAGCAAGCCAAGCAUGGUUUGGUGCAUCUGAGAUUGACCUGGUUCAGGCUAAGCGCUGACAAAAACGAUCUUAAGGCGGCCUUGGAAGAAACUCAACUGCUGCGUGUUACUUCGAUGAGCACUGCCCUAUUGACUGUGUUUAUAGAUUCAGCUAAGAAUCUGCCGCAAGCGCGUCAGCAAAGCCAACCAGAUCCAUAUCUGGUAUUGAGCGUUGGAAAGAAAACUGAACAAACUAGCGUCCAAAUGAGAACCGACGCCCCAGUAUGGGAACAAGGCUUCACAUUCUUGGUUGGCAACCCGGAUAAUGACACCUUGCAGUUGAAGGUGAUCGACCAAAAGACUGGCAAUACAUUGGGUACACUGAUCUACAUUCUGAGUGGGCUUAUGGAGAAGAAAAAUCUAGAACUGAUGUCCCAGCCGUUCCAGUUGCAGAAGUCAGGCCCUGAAACUAAGAUCGUCAUGUCUUUGUCACUCCGAGUAUUGAAGCGUAGUCGAGACACGGUCGAUGAUGCUACUUCCGAUAAGACCUCCACGUCCGAGGGAUACGGUGGCGAUAGUACCUUGUCGAGAUCAAGUUCCAUCAGAUCUGCUCCUACGCCAGUAGCAGAUUCGGCCACUUCGGAGCAAGCAGUAGCUACUUCCAUCAAGAGACAAGAAUCUCGCAAAUCAACGGCCUCUGGCAUCACCGACCAAAUGACCAUUCAUGAAGAACCGUUCGUUGUGUCCACACUCAAUACGGUCAUGAUGGCUACUCCACCCAGAAGCCCUAAUCUAAGCGAAAACGGAUCGGAACUUUUGCGGCGCAGCCCAAGUACCACUUCUUCUGCAGGAUCGGCUGGCCUUGGACGCAUUCAACUAACUAUUGCGUUUAGCGUGCAACGACAGCGGUUGCUCGUGAUUGUUCACAAAAUCAGCAACAUCCCGCAAAAAGAUCCAUCCAAUAUUCCGGAUCCAUAUGUUAAACUGUAUUUACUGCCCGGUCGAUCGAAAGAUUCCAAGCGGAAAACCAAUGUCGUUAAAGACAACUGCGAUCCGGUGUUCGACGCUACGUUUGAGUACAUAAUUUCGAAUGCUGAGCUGGUCAACUCAGAAUUGGAAGUCACUGUUUGCACACAGAAAGGAUUCUUCGGAAGCCCUGUCAUCGGAAUGCAAAAACUAACUUUAAGCGAUCCUGAUAUUGCAACGGCGCAAGGCGUAAAAGCAUGGUACGAUUUACUACCAGAAUCGAAGUUUGAAUAAGAUUUUAAGCGAGAAAAAGUGUUGGCAUAGCUUCACGAUUACAUUUACCAAUUUUCUCACAACACACUACAAAUAAUCCAGCAAACUACAUGAAAAUCAAACUUAAGCGAAUUUUAAUUCAUAUUUAUUCCUUUUAUACAAAAAAAUGCACUUUUUGCAAACAAAUUCGUCCACGAUUUUUUAUCUCUUACAUUCGAUCGCAUGUUCUAAAGAUUUUAUAUAAAAAAAGAGCACAAGCCAAGAUUUUCGUACGGCAUUACGAUUAAACCCCACUGAAAAUGAACAAUGGUGCAAAGCAUCUCUUAAGUAAUUUGUAGAUUGUAAACGAUAACUUCAAGUUCUAUACAGCAGAGAUUAUGAACAGAAAAUUUCAAAUUGUCUCCAAAUCGUGUCAAUUAGUAGGAAAAAAACCAACCCAAGAACAAACACAGAGUAAAAAAAAAACUGUACCAUAAAACAAUCAAUAGAUGCCUGGCAAGCUACCGCUCUCGAUCGAUACCCUACAGAAUAGUUGUGCUGCCUGCGGCCUUUAGUGUGUAGUGCGGGAGGCAAUGAACAAGUUGUGACAAAACAUUUUAAUCCGUAAAUUUGAUUCUAGUACACACGGAGCUUAUGGAAAUAAUGAUACAAUGCACGGAAGUAGUGAAACAGUUAGCUUUAUGCUCAUGAUAAUAUAUUUUUGUUGCUUAAAAGUCGUAGUUCUAGUUCAGCAGCGCAUAGAUAUGUAAGUCUUGUUAUGAACACUGUAUGAAAUGUGCUUUAAUCUUUGAAUUUGCUCUGAAACCAAUAUUGUAUUUGUAUUGAAAUCAACACAUGAUAGAAAUAAAGCGUACUUCAAAAUUUGUGUUUCAUCAAAUUAA